AUGUCCAUGCAGCCAGCCCCAACAGGAGAUAACGAGUAUAGAACGCGGCAGAGUCCUGGCAUUCUUCUAGCCACAACCAGGGGCAGUCACUGGAUUAUGGGCCUGUUAUUCGUCCACACAAUUAUGUCUCUCAUGGUAGUUAAGGUCGCCUCCACAGCAGCUCUGUAUCAACACCAGCAACAACCACUGCAACCACUCAACGACAUUGAGUCCACAGCAGAGACGACACCCAGCGACAGGGAGACCCAGAGCCUGGGCCUGAAUCAGAACCAGAGCCAGAUCCAAAGCAGCAGCGACAUCGAGAAGAUGCGUGCCAAGUUACAGCAACUGCAGCACGAGCAGCAGCAAGAGUAUCUACGGCAACAGCAGCAGCAGUUGCAGCUGCAUCUGCAACAGAUGCAUGCCACGGGAGCUGUUGGCGAAACCGCCUACUUAUUGGAGCGUGCCGACCACGGCGCACCCGCCCCUGCGCCCAUCUACGGAACAUGGCGCACGAAAGCGAGACGGCCCCCACACGCCACCUCGGGCAACGAUGUUGACGAUGGGCAUGUCUACGAGCGCCUGCCCAAGCGAUCAGCCACCAUGACACCUCUUCGUGGCGUGCUGCGCGAUCAGAUGCCCCGCCCGCCUCGCCUAGCCACCCAGGACACGCACCACCCCCAGAUGUCCGGCUCUCCACCGCCGCCGCCCUCAACGUCCCUGCUGAGGCGCCACUAUUCCGAGACGCCGGGCACUCUGGCGAUGCGGGAAGACUUUAAGCCGAAACCCUUCCACUUUCCCUACGACGGUCCCAUGCCCGAACAGUUCACCAAGGGCGAGGCGGAGAAGGAGCAACGCCCGCGGCCAGAGGUGAACAACAUCCAGGACAUCCUGCAACACCUACACAUAAAUGGGUUGGGUCCAAGCAAGCUGCCACCGAUGGUGAUGAUGCCCACGGGCCUCCAUAUUGCUGGAAGCUUCAAGAACCUUAAGAGCAGCGGUAUCGGGAACUUUUUUCGCAGCAAGCGGAACAAGAAGCAGAUGCAGUUCAGCAUCCCAUUGCCUAUAUCAAUGGGCCACAUGCCAAUGCCAAUGCCAAUGCCCAUGUCGAUGUCCAUGUCCAUGCCGAUGGCCAUGCCAAUGCCCAUGCAGUGGUACGGCCCGGGAGUGAUGUCCCACCAGCGCGUGGCCAUUGAUCAGUUGUAUCCGUACAAGCCACGCUCGCCGCAGGACAUCAAUUUGCUGGCCAUGCAGCAGCUAACCCCCAACAAGAACGUGUCCAAGAAGAAGAAUAAGAAAAAGCACCAGAACCAGCAGCACCAGCAGCAGCAGCAACAGUUGACCCAGGGCAACCACAAUCUCCUGCUGGAGCACGGCAGUCAGCAGCACUACGUGGCCGAUCCUUUUGGCCAGCACCUGCCACAGCCAGUGCUCGGCCUAAAUGCCACACGACAGCCGCUGCAUAAGCGCAUUCCCUUCAAGCUGAAUCUGGACAUCUAUCCGGUGAUGCCUCCCUCGCGUCCCGCCUCAGUACUCCGCAAUCCUUUCCAGCAGGAGUACGCGAUGCCUUCGCCGGCAGCACUGACUGGAACCACGGCCGCCGCCUACCAACAUCUGGGUCCCGGCGUCUACCAGACGCCAUUCAAAUUCCCCACCCAGGCGCCCCAUCCAGGCCAUAUGCAAAUAUCCUUCCCCGACCAGGCCCCGCGACUUAGCCAGCAGCAAGCUCUCUAUCAGUCUCAGGCCCACAAAUUUCCGCCUCCCAAGAGCGUGCAUCCCGAUGAGGCCAUCUAUGGACAUGGUCCGGGACAGGGUCAGGCGAUGGAGUCUCAGUCUAUAGAGUCUCAGACGAGCCCCAUUAUGCUCCAUCUGAAUGUCUUUCCCAAGCAGAAGCCCACGGCGACAAUACGCGCUUCCACGAAUCCGUUUUACAACAACAACUUGAAUCGGAACACGAUCUACUCGAGUGAUCUGCCCCCACCCAAUCCCCCGAGCCCCAUCGAGCCGCGUCAGGCAGGCAAUGGCUCUGCAACACCGGCAGCCACUCAUCCGCAACACCAUCAUCAGCAACAGCAGCCGUCUCAGCAGAUAUCUCUUAAUCAAACCCAGCAGCAUCAUCAACCGCAAGUGAAUCGCUCCAGUUCCAUCUCUCGCAGCGACCACAUGCCCCUCAUCGACUUCGAGCAUCCGAUUGUGGCCGCCGACUUGCCAGAGGCGCCACAUCCAGCCUCUCUUGUCAGCCACCGGACCGAUCAUCGCCACCAAAGGGCGCAGGGUCAUCACCCUAUGGAUGAGCACUUUCGGUACCAAAAGAAUGCUAAUAUCGAGCAACUGGCGGCCGAGGCACAGACAGCAUCUCUCUUCCGCUUUCCCGUCGAGGAUCUGAUACAAUUCCACGUGGACGAUGCCCUCUAA